UACCAGUCAUGGCCACGCUCACAUACUGAGAUUUAGGAGCAUAAGCACGGAUAAAAUCUUAGUAAAAGUUAGAACUAGGUUUUGUGACAUUUUAUCUGUGCGAUUGUUGUUUUUGUCUGAUGGUUCGUAGUAAUCUAAUGUUUACAUGAAGUCAAUGGACAAUUAAAUGUCAUGGGCAAACUAAACACACUACAGACGUUAAAAACAAUCAACAUGAUGUUUUGAGUUACAAUAGUUUCAGUAGAUUUCACACAAAGGCUUAAGUGCAUUCUUUCCAUUCGAUAACAAUAUUGCCUAAAGCGACACUGUCUCACUCGUGACAUAUCUCCAUUUUGCUCUCAUGUUUUCUGCACCAGUUCUCCGUUUACACAUGGUGUCAUUCUACUGUCACAAGAUAUGCCGCGCACAGACACGGAAAACGUUUUGAUGUAUGUUUUGUCCUUGUGGAACGUAACGCAUGGAUUUUCAAUACGAUCCACGAAGUGCCGUAAUAAGCAUAAUAUUUCGCGCUCUAUCGCCUCUGUGGAUAAUACAGAGCACCGCCAUGCAAGCGUGACACCGCCAACCGCUCACCUCAGCACAAUCUAAAAUCGCGAUCCAUAAAACUCACCUCAUUAUGCGUAGCAUAAAUAAACAGUAUAUUUCCACCGUAAGGCUCUACUUCGAUGCGCAUAAUUUCAGUUUUAUCACCGCCUUAAGGUCUUAAGGUACAAUAGCUCGCGACCCUAUAGACGACAGAUGUUCGGGAAUAUAAAAUAUGGUAAAUACUCUGGCAUACGGAAUAAAUAGGUCUGUGGUAGACAGAUCAAUGAGGUUAUAUGUUUAGGGAUAAAUAUAACCUGGCGAAAGCGAAUCGUCGCAGAAAUGCCGGAUUUUAAGUUUUACGCGCGUUUUUUAAAGUUUGCAUUCCUGACGACAGUGGAUGUCUCUGUUGGAGUUAUACUAGUGCUCUUGUUGUUGGGUACGCCUGAUCGCAAGGGACAGGGCAAACAUGCGCCUUUUCUUUGGUGUGUAGUGUAGCGAGACGGGAAUUCCGCCCUUCUGUCAAUACAGGAAUAAUGUCAAGCCUUUUUCUAUGGGCGCCUUGGGGUUGAGGGCCAGCCAGGCACAAUAUGCAUUGUCGGACCCUGUGACGAAUCUAGCAAAUGUGAGGUCACAAAGAGAGAGGGAGAGAGAACUGUAGUGUAAACUGUAGAGCUAGCGCGGCGCGUUCUCUCUGACAGUUUUUAUGGCGUGGAUUUUGCUUUGACGGCAGACGGGGAGAACAUAGAUCUUCGGCGAGCAAUCGCCACCGGGGGAAUUUAUCGUUCUCUCAUCUCUCUGACGAGCUCGGCGCGCUGCAAUCCAGGCCACAGAGUGCUUCAUGUGAGUGUUUCAGCCGCACCCUGCUUUAUGUGUGUCCGCCUCCAUCUUUCUUUCAUCAGCCAGGCGAAAUGCUGGUGCAGAAUUUACCGCGUGUGUAUAGAAGGAGAGAGCGCUAGCUAGUGGUGUCGUCGCCGUACUGUUGUGUCCCACUUGUGAUGGUUUACGGAGCAGCAUCACUGACGAUCUGAAGAGGAGCGCGCAGCAUCCGCCGUGUUCUCAUCCUCAGGUACGUCUCAAAGUCCUACGAUGCGUUCUACAGCCCGAUCCAGGGUACGUACAAUGGUGGCAGCGGGAAAUAUGGCAGGCUGCCGCGUUGCCUGGGUAGUAUUGACGCUAAUUUUGACAUUUGGAGCUGUCAGUAGGGCGGGUGUUACCGAGGAGCCGGCAGCGGUAGCGGCAGGUGGGAAGGGGGAUGAUUUUCACCCUCCCGAACCUGCCAUAUGGCGGAACGACACAUCGAACAAUGAAACGUCCAUCACGGUCUAUAACACUACAGACGGGCAGGGGGAAGGACAUAGGAAAACGGCGGCCUCUGAGCCGAUUUUCCCGUCGAGUUUGAGGGAAAAUUCCCCCGCAGCUAACAACCUGAGUAAUUCCCGUGGGAGUGGGAAAGACAGCGACGAUCCUACAGAUGAGAGCGCGGCGGGGUCAGAGGGCAGUGCUGUCAGGAAUGCCACGCUGCUGACGCCCACGUUUGCGAACGCAUCUGGAAUCAUAAACAGUACGGGCGAUCCCACACCUAGCCCGAGCGCAUCGGAUGAGUGGCCUGUUUAUCUAAAUGUGACUCACACGCCUGACAGCGCACUGCCGCCGAACGCAGCCCUGCAGCCGCCACCCGGUAGCGCUCCAUCCCCGGUGACUUCAACUUCAACCCCGGCACCGAACAUUACCGCAACCACCUUCCGCCAGAUUAUAACAGGGAAGGUCCCAAACGCCCAGGAGCCGGCAGGGUAUACGAUUAUUAAUUCCACGGACGUGGACGUCACCACAGGUGCGUUUCAAGACGACGGGGUUGACGGGAGCGUGCCGUACAAGGCCGGGGAGACAGAUUACCCCUCACCUGGGCACAGCCAGCGGGAAAAUCCCAGCCUCGCGGAUCAGAACAUCCCCAUUAAUAACCUCCGAGCGGUCACGAGCGGACCCACCAACGGCGCAAACGCCUCGACUCCCGGCUUUCCUUCCGCCACCAUGUCGUGGACAGCCGCCCCGUGGAACGCCUCCGUGGUGGGGGAGCCCAUAGACUACGUGGUGGUGGGCGUGUCGUGCUUCACCCUACUGGUGGGGUGCAUAGGGAACCUGUGUGUGCUGUGCACGGUGUGCAGACACUACUCCAUGCGAAGCGUUCUCAACAUUCUCAUCGCUAGCCUCGCCACCUCUGAUCUACUCCAGGUAGUCCUGUACGUCCCCCUAAACGCGUACACCGCCGUCACGGACGUCCUCCCCUUCCCCGGCUGGGGGGUGGAGGUGGUGUGCAGGGGGUUACCCGUCCUCAGGGCCCUCUCCCUGGGGGUGACAGUCUUCAGUCUCUGCGCCUUCAGCGUGGAUCGCUACCGGGCGUCUGUCAACGUCAGGCUUCAGUACGAGCAGUAUGAGAGCUGCUGCAGGACCAUGGAAAAGGUGUUCGUGGUGUGGCUGGGGGCCCUGAUUCUGGCUGUCCCGGACGCCUUCCCGCCUACAGUCCGCUGGUACCAGACGCUGUUCCGCACCGCUAAUGCUGUCGACGCCGUUUGUCCGCGAAACGUCACCAAGGGCAUUCCCAAGGUGAUGCUACAGGUGUCCGCUACCUACUACGACAUCAAGACGUGGUGGCUGUUAGGCUGUUACUUCUGUCUGCCCGUCCUGUUCGGUUUAGUCUGUUUCUGCCUCAGCUCUCGACGACUGACGGCGGCCGCCAAAGCCGACAAGGAAGCCAAGGACUCGCACAAGCUGCACCUGAAGCAGAGUCACCAGACAGCCAGGGUCGUGCUGUUCCUGGUGCUGGCCUUCGCGUUCUGCUGGCUGCCGUACCACGUCAGCACCAUCCUGUGGAGAGUGGUGGACAAGAGCGUUCUGGUGAAGUACAGGACUUACAUGGUGAUUCUGGACUACGCCGGCUUCUACCUCUCCAACUUCCAGUCCUGCGUCAACCCGCUUAUCCUCUUCACCAUGAGCGAGGCGUGGAGAAAGGCGCUGAACGACUGCUGUCCCUGCUGUUACUGUUUCUGCUGUUGCUGUCGCUGCGUGGAAGUCCUGUGCUGUCCGCGGAGGAAUAGUAAGGACGAUCCCGACAAGCUGGACACUGAACUGCAGACGGUCACCGGCGCUUCUAGAUAGUGUGGUCCGGAUGACACUGUGUUGCCGAACACAAUGUUUGCAUGCAUUUGAAUUGACCGUCGCUUAGCAGCUACCACAAUAGACUUCUACUUAAAUGUUUUGAGGCGUACUCGUUACGUUAGCCUUUUCGAUUAGGUUGGACUAACUUUGUACCAUGGCCAGAUGCAGACUUCUGUGGCAACUAGCGUUUCCGGGAUUCCUUUGCCUCGAACAUAAAUCUUGAGAUCUUUUCGGGAUUCACAAAACAAUGCAAGCUGCAAUUCCAGUGCUUGCAAAAAGAUGGCGCGUUUCAAUCGUGGUCCACAGACGACUCCUUGUGACUGUGACGCAAAGUAUAUUAUGUGAAUUAUUAUUUAAGCCGGGUAUUAAAGACAUAAUGUUCAUAAAACCGUCAAGGUUAAGUUCAAGCGCAUCUAGAUACCAACACAAGAAGAAAAACUGUCCAAUCGAAGCUUUGUUCUAUUGUACCAAACAGUGCAGUUUCAGAAUUGUCCAAUUUUGAUCCUUACAAAGUUGUCCUUUAUGUCUAAAACUUUAUUUAUAUAUCUUUAUGUUGAAAUGGAUCUUGUGUAGAAACAUUAACACUGUAAUUGAGUUAUUCUACUUAAUUAUGAUAGUGUUGUGAAGGAAGUAUAGAAUCAUUACCAAAAUGACAUUGUACUAUAUGGGUAAGAAGACGUGCGUAUGUACAUAUCCUCCUUGUGAGAAAAAGGGGAAUUUUGGGGUAUAGAAGGGAGAUUUAGAGAGUUAAGAUUCGUUAUUAUCAAGUUUUGAGCCGGGACAGGUGGACUUUAUUGGUAAUUUUAUUUCAGAUUAGGUUUGUGUACAAAGGUGUAUAUACUGAAAGCCUGUGAAUAUAUUGAACGACAAGUCGAUUCGAAUGUAACGUUAACAGUUAUCUGUACAAAGAAAAACUAAAGAUUUUUGUUAUGUUAAGUCGAGGCGUAUUUAUGACUGUGGAAACCCUAUGAACUCAACCAGACUGUAACAAAACGAACUGUUGUACUCUGUGUGCUAUAAUCUAUGUCAAACCACAGCAGAGUAUCACAAUAUUUGUGGUGUAACUUUUCUGUGAGUAUAACAGUUGUUCGACGAACACCUCACGUGUAAUUAUACCAUGUUGUGCCCUGUUUAUGAGAAACUUAGGAUACAACGUCAACGUUACCAUAGAAGUAUGACUGUUCCAAGUUCGUAAUCGUAACGUGGUGGUCUGUGUACUACCGACAAUAAUUCCUGGCUAUAGCAUGGACCAGUUUUAUAGGUAAAGCUCUAAGACGUGCAUGUCCUUUAGAAGAUCUCACGGAGAAAUCAUAAUCUCCAAGCAGACCGGUGGCAAAACAUCGUAACUGCCGGCUAAAGGUGGUAUCUCAUUGCACUUGGGGCACCGGUGCGGCGCUGCGGGGUUCGAAAGAUUAUUGAAAGAAUUUCAGAGAUACAGAACAAAUUUUCUUACGUUUUGUGUAUUUUGUUGCCUUCUUAGUCAUACGCAUUACGUAAUAUCUAAAUUAUAAAAAUAUCGGUGAAAAUAACAAAACAUUUCCGCAGUUAACGAGCCCGCAGUACCGGUGCGGUGAGAUACCAUCUUUAUAGUGUACUUGUGCUAUCGGAAUUCACGGACACAGUUACGAUUUUUUUUGCCACUGUAAGAUCUGCUUGGAGAUUAGAGCAACCAGGCUUUUAUACAAAUGUGUGAUGGAAACUUGUAAGUAUAACACGAGCUGUGAAACUAUACCUGAGAAUUUCUACAAAACUGAAACGUUUUGUUUUGAUAAACUCGUUUUUGUAUAUCCGAUAUACCUUUGUGGUCCUUAAAAUUAAGAAAUCAUUGGUGCACACCUAUACCGUGAUCACAAAGUAUAACCUUCCAUUUAAGUCUGUCCACUAGAAAUAUCUGUAGUACUGUACAUAUACUAUAGGAAAAUCCGUCCAUAAUAAUACGUCGAUGAAUGGUCUGUGCCUGCUGAAAAAGAGGAACACUUGUAUCAAACUGCAAUAUACUGUGUUUGUAUUGUUUUCUGAUACGAGAACGACGUUAUCAUAUAUGUCAAAACAAUCUUAUUUUGUGACGAAAAUGUAGAAAAGUGUUGUAUGGCAAUAAUAUGAGAGAAGUGUAAUGUAAAAUGUUAGAUUACGGUUGAUAUGUAUAAUUUGACAUGGUAAUGUAUAAGGAUGAAAAUACGUUUCAAUCAUUCCAAAGUAACUCUAAGAAUUAUGUGUCAUUUUUCACGUAUACUCAUAUCGGUUGUAAUACUUGACAAUGUUUUAUACCAGUACCACACACAAAUGUACAUUAAGACAAGUUCUAAGCAAAAUAACACCAUGUAGAAACACAGAAGCACCUGAGAAUUUUGUACCUUCAUACCUGAAGUAAUAGAAACGUGGAAAGCACAUGAAGCACAGUGGUGUACGUAGAAAAAAAACGACACAUUUAACCAAGACUAUACCGUCCUGAACAGAGAACAAAUGUUGUAGUGGAAAGAAGAAAUAAAGGCAAUAAACGAA